GCCGCCAACCUUUUAGAUAAGGGCGUAGCAGACUAACCUUAGCAGAGGGAGAAGAAGAAACGGUUAAAUCUAGUGGCCAAAAGCAAUACUUCAAAUCGAAGAAACGAGAUAUGCUUCUGCAGAGUGUAGCUCAAGAGCUAACGUCCUCUGCUCUCACCAUUGCCACCACCUCUACCUUCUCCUUAAGUCCUAACCAAAACGCCACCACUCUUUCUCUUCCCAUGCGCACAGCCCUCUCCUCUUCCAUUAGGGCUUUUCGCUCCCUCGCCUUCUCGCCCUGUCUCCGAAACCUCAUCCGCGAUUCCUCUCCCCGAAUCAUCUCACCUUUCCACCGAAACCGUAACCGCUGCUUAUCAAUCUUUCAGCCCACUUCGGCUGCUUGUGCUUCGACUGCAUCGAUUCAGCAGCUACCGAGAGAGGAUGAGAGGGUUAGAGUGGAGGAGAGUUGGGGUUUUGAUGCUGAGAGUGAGAAAGAGAUCUUUGAUUUCGAUGCUGGGUCGGCAGCCAACGAUUUGAAGCAUCUGAAGUCGCCUUCGUUUGAAGUGAAGGAGCUGGAGGAGCUUCCGGAGCAGUGGAGGAGAUCGAAGUUGGCGUGGUUGUGUAAGGAAUUGCCUUCGCAUAAGCCAGCGACUCUGAUCCGGAUACUUAAUGCGCAGAGGAAGUGGAUGACCCAGGAAGAUGCUACUUAUGUUGCUGUUCAUUGUAUGAGGAUUCGCGAGAAUGAGGCCAGUUUCAAGGUGUACAAAUGGAUGAUCCAGCAGCAUUGGUUUAGAUUUGAUUUUGCAAUUGCUACUAAACUGGCAGAUUUCAUGGGCAAAGAGCGAAAAUUUUCAAAAUGUCGUGAGAUAUUUGAUGACAUAAUCCAUCAGGGUAAAGUGCCCAGUGAAUCUACCUUUCAUAUUCUGACUGUUGCGUAUCUUGGUGCACCUGUUCAAGGUUGUCUGGAGGAAGCAUGUGGCAUUUACAAUCGCAUGAUUCAAUUUGGAGGUUACCAGCCUCGCUUUAGUUUACACAAUUCUCUUUUUAAAGCUCUCAUUAGUAAACCUGGAGAUGCCUCAAAAUAUUAUUUAAAGCAAGCAGAGUUCAUUUUUCAUAACUUGGUAACAUCUGGACUUGAAAUACACAAGGACAUUUAUGCUGGUCUGAUAUGGCUCCACAGUUAUCAGGACACUAUAGAUAGACAAAGGAUUAUUGAACUGAGGAAAGAGAUGCAACAGGCGGGAAUCAAAGAGGGAACAGAUGUUCUUGUGUCCAUCUUGAGGGCUUGCUCCAAAGAAGGGGACACAGAAGAAGCAGAACGAAUUUGGCUUAAACUCCUGAAGUCUGAAUGCAGUCUCCCUUCUCAAGCUUUCAUUUAUCGAAUGGAAGUCUAUUCAAAGGUUAGGGAACCUAUGAAAUCAUUGGAGAUAUUCAGAGGAAUUAAAGAGCAUUUGAGGUCUACCAGUUCUGUGGCAUAUCAUAAGAUCAUAGAGGUGAUGUGUAAAGCCCAGGAAAUGGAAGUUGCAGAAACCAUAAUGAGCGAGUUCCAAAAUAAUGGUCUAAAGGCCCUUAUGCCAGCUUUUAUUGAUCUAAUGGGUAUGUACUUGAAUUUGAGCUUACAUGACAAAGUGGAGUCAACUUUUACUAAGUGCCUAGAGAAAUGCAGUCCCAAUCGAACUAUUUACAAUAUAUACUUGGAUUCAUUGGUGAAAGUUGCUAAUAUAGACAAGGCCGAGGAGAUCUUCAACCUAAUGCUCAGUGAUGGGAUGAUUGGCAUCAAUACUAGAUCAUGCAAUGCAAUUUUGGCUGGGUAUCUCUCUUCAGGAGACUACAUGAAGGCAGACAAGAUUUAUGACUUGAUGUGCCAGAAGAAAUAUGACAUUGAAUCUCCACUAAUGGAAAAACUUGAGUAUAUUCUGAGCUUAAACAGAAAGGUAGUUAAGAAGCCCAUAAGUCUUAAACUAAGUGAAGAACAAAGGGAGAUCUUGGUUGGCUUGCUUUUAGGUGGUUUGCAGAUAGAGUCGGAUGAAGGAAGGAGGAAUCAUGCACUCGUUUUUUAUUUCAAUGAAAACUCUGAUGUACAUUGUAUUCUGAAAAGACAUGUAUUUGACCUCUACCAUGAGUGGUUAAAUUUUCAUGGUAGGCCAGAUGAUGAGAGUGAUGACAUACCAAAUCAAUUUUCUACGAUUUCACACACUUAUUUUGGCUUUUAUGCAGACCAAUUCUGGCCCAAAGGCUGGCCUGUGAUUCCGAAGCUCAUUCAUCGGUGGCUGUCUCCUCGUGUUCUAGCAUACUGGUAUAUGUAUGGGGGCCUCAGAACAUCCUCUGGUGAUAUUUUGUUGAAAAUAAAGGGUGGUAGUCAGGAAGAUGUUGAGAGAAUUGUCAAGACAUUGAAAGCAAAAUCAUUGGACUCCAAGGUCAAGAGGAAGGGGAAAGUGUUUUGGAUUGGUUUCCUGGGAAGCAACUCUGUCUGGUUCUGGAAGCUUACUGAACCUUACAUUUUGGAUGGUUUAAAAGAUCUUCUAAAAGCAGAUGUUCACUCGGAAGCUAAAAUGGCAGAAGCCCAAAGCGUCAACUUUGAGACCAAGUCUGAUUCUGAGGAGAGGGUUUGUAAUUACAACAGUAAAAGUGAUCCUUAGAACAGCUACUAGUGCAUGUAGAUGCUAACACAACUGUACACUUUGUUUAUAUGUCUUAGAUACAAAGCUUGAAAUUUUAGUU